AUGGAUUGGCUGUCAAUAGAGCGUCGGGCAAAAUGUUUUGCAGCAGUACUUGUUCUGGCUGAUUUUCUGUGGUGUGUGUUUGUAGUGUUAUUGGUUAGUUUUAGUUUAGAUUUUAGCUCGACACUUUGUGGAAUUCGCUGCUUGCGCAGGGCACAUAAUGUUGUAGAAGCAUCAGUUAGCAGUCCAGCUGCUGGAAUCAUGUUUUCAGUGCGUAUAGUCACUGCUGACUACUAUGUCUCAAACCCUGUUGCUGGCCUGGAUGCAAAACUUUCAUCAUCGGUUCAAGUUCCAGUUAUCCGUAUAUUUGGAUCCACACCAGCUGGUCAGAAGACAUGCUUGCAUGUUCACGGUGUUUUUCCUUACUUGUACGUGCCAUAUGAUGGCACGCAACCUUGCAGUACAUAUCUGCACCAAUUUGCUGCCAGCUUGGAUAAAGCCAUUAACAUUGCUACUGGUCAUUCUAACAGCACUACCAAACAUGUGUACAAAAUCAGUUUGGUGUCUGGAAUACCCAUGUAUGGCUACCACGAAAAGGAGGAGCAGUUUUUAAAAAUCUAUUUUUACAAUCCAAAUUUGAUUAAAAAAGUUGCUGAUUUACUGCUGGGAGGAGCUGUAUUAAAUAAGGUUUUCCAACCACAUGAAGCUCAUAUACCAUAUUUAUUGCAGAUGUUUAUCGAUUACAAUCUUUAUGGUAUGAAUUUGCUGAAUGUUAACCAUGUCAAAUUUCGGCGGCGCCAAACUAAAGACAAAUCAAAUGUGGAAUUGAUCAAUAAGCAUAAUAAAACACCAUCUGCUGAUCAGAAAUCCCCUGAUGUACCCAAUUCUCAAUCCUGGCUCAACAAUGACAUUAAUCAUUUCAGGUGGAAUGAUUCAACUGUGUCAAGUGAAAUGUUAUUAGAUGAAGAUAUUGAGAGAAUGAGUACUUGUGAACUAGAGGUGGAUAUCGUAGCUGCUGAUAUAUUGAAUAGACUUGAUGUUAAUGAUAACAUUGGUGUUAAUCCAGGUUUAACUGCGCUGUGGAACGAUGAAAAAGAGCGACGGCGACUGAAAGGUUUAUCUUCUCAGUGUGGGCUAAGUCAGUCCCAAGAAAGGGAAAAUCUCAUCUCCUCACCUAGUGAAGAAACACUCAAGAACCGUUUACAGAAAAUUAUACAAUUCCAUCAAAUGUAUGGUCAACAGACGACACAUUCUCAGGAUGGAGCCAAAUCUAGUCUAGACUCUGUGUAUCCAGCUUCUCUUGUGGAGUCUCAUUCUUUCACUGAUGACACUGAUGAUUCCCAGAAAACUGUUGUGUAUGAUGAGGAUGAAAUGAAUGAUGAAGUUGCAGCUGUUGUUAAUGUUGAAUGUGUUAAUCAAGUAUUGGAAUCUAGUCAGAGUUUCCAAGAAGAUAAUUCUUCUCAACUUACUGGUACUGAUUUGACAAAAUUACUAGCAUCUAUGUUGGCUAGUCAAGGAGAAAAGCCAUCUCAAGAGAGAACUGUAAAUGACAGUGACAGCAUCCUUUCAAGUCAGCCUUUAGAAGAUCCAGAAGAAGAUGAACGUGAAAGUGUAACAAUGUCCCAAGUUUUUAAGGACGAAGAUUUUCCUUUGGAGUCUGAUGCAGAAAGGCACAAUUACAUCAAAUCAGAUGAUUUUUCUCAAUCAUUGGAUGAAGAAAUGGUUAGUGAUGAAAUUUUGGAUGUUGAAUCUGAUGAAGAAACUAUCCCUCAGUUUGAUGGGCCAAUUGAUGAAAAACCUGCUGAUGAACAACCAAAGAUUCGCAAACGAAUGGGUCCUCGUGGCCCUGUAAUCAGCUCUGCCAACAAUCCCUCCCCUGUAAGUUCCGAGGGACAGGCUUCAAGUUUUUCAAAUUAUGGCCCUAUUUUCCAAAAUGACCCUGGAUUCCUUGGCUCCGGUUCCAAUAUGCAGGCCUACCAAAGUCCAACAAAUUAUCAGGAUUAUGAUCGCCGAUGGGAUACUCAUGCAUUUCGUGAGGAUAUGUCUAGCGGUGUUCCUAACGUCGAUCAGCAAUCAUCUCACUGGAACCCUGCAUGGUCACGCUCUUUACACUCAGCACGUGCUGAUCCUUCCAGUUACGCUGGGGCCGGUAAUGUGCAUGGUAACAAUGGCAGCUACAUGACAGAAGGCUUCUCCCGUCCAUAUGCCAAUCAGCAACCCCAAAAUCAUCCCUCACAAGCUGCUACAUUAAGUGAAUCCAGCACUGAUCAAUAUCCUGCUUCAUUUCCUUAUGACAUGACGAACAUAUAUAGUCCGGACUCCUAUUCACGCUCACGAACAUCUGACAGUGGGCACACUUCAGAUCCACACAACAGCCCCUUCGCUGGCCAUUUAUCCCCGUCCCCCGGUUAUUCUCGUGAUGGAUUCGAAUCAAGCCGAUCUCCUGUUCCACUCUCUGGAAAUGUUGGAAUACAAGGAUCAGGUAGUUCUAUGUAUAAUCAGACCCCUUCGUUGCCUCCUCCUGAGGAAAGCCAGGGUAGUUUCCACAAAUUAUUAACUUGUAACGACAGCCCAAAGCAAACCAUUCCAGCCGAUCUUUCAACCCAUCAGUCAUUGCAGCGAAGUAUCAGCCGAUGCUCCACACAUUCUAGUGAAUCAAUAAGUAUGGGUGCCAGUACUACACCUGACCCUUUUAAGAGUCUUCCAAAACCUGUUUCUUCAGAAGAUACUACUAUGGAGACUUUUGAAAAGAUGUCAAGCAUAGAAAAGUUAGAUGAAACAGCCGAAGGUCGUUCAAGUGUUGAUUCUUCAAAUCAUCCCCCAUCGGAAACUGGAAAUGCUUCACUGACUCCAUUAGAUGGUAGUAACUCACAAAAGAAACAUAUGUCCUCAAUUAACAUAAGCCAUGAAGAUUUAUUUGGAACCCCUUCUCUUAAUUCUUGUGCUGAUCUUUCCUCUGAUUCUUUCACCUCUGCUGAAGGUAGCCGACACCAGAGUGUUGUUGACCAAUCAAAUCAAGGCUCCUUCAUUUCUUCAGGAUAUUCAAACAAGAAUACGUCACACCCACAACGUUGUAGUUCUGUCACAAGCGAAGAAGAGGCACCCAGUUACCAGUCGCUGACUAUGUCGUUCCCCGGUAACCAAACCGGUAACCGCAGUCACUCGGCGAUAGCCAGCCUGGAACAGAUGGUGUCUAGUGUCGGAGGCUAUGAUAUUGGUUAUGACUAUGCAGCUUUUCCGAACAGAGCAUGGCAAUGUGCUGGUACUCAACCAUCUCACAAUGUUACCCCUCUGCACAACAUAUCUGCUGGUCCAACUAUGCCCCCAGGUGGGAAUUUGCCGGCCAACACCAGUAUGCCAUCUGGUACAAGUAUGUCAACUGGUUCAAAUAUGCCUUCUGCUCCAAGCAUAUCAUCUGGCCCAAACAUGCCCCCCAAUCAAACGUUGACGUCUGGACAGAAUAUGACGAGAUCAAAUAUGCCUCCUGUUUCAAACAUGACAUUAGGUUCAGGUAUGCCCACUGGAUCAAACAUGCACUCCGCUCCUAACAUGACACCUGGACAUAAUAUACAAAACCGUAACCUGUCAUCUUCUGGACACAAUAUGCCAGCAAUGUCACCUGGUCCUUCUCUCACUCCUACGAAUAUGCCCCCACAUAGCAUCCCUACUAACCACAAUAUGCCAUCAAGGCCGAAUGUCGCUCCUGUGAACAUGUCUCAAAGCCAGCACGUGACUCAAGUGCGUGCUUUGACACCAAGUAUGUCAACGAGCCUUCAUGGAGGUCAUACUAUGGGCCGAAGUGUCACUCCUCAUGGGCAUGGCCAUGCAAUGCACCCACAAGUCCACAACAUAUCUCAGGGUCACUCUGUUCAUCCCUCUCACAACUUAGCCGCUGCACCUCAACUUCCGCCACCAGGUCACAGUCCAGCUACUUCUCCUCCCAGUGCCCAUGGUCACAAUAUGUCCGGUCAUAGCAUAUCUUCUGGUCAUAACAUGAUGCAAACUCACAAUCUUCCUCAGGGCCAUCAUGUUUCACAGGGGCAUGACAGGUCCCACUCAUACAACAUAUCUGAACCGAAUUAUACCACACAGGAUGUCAUGAUGCCUAAACAGGGUCGUAUGGCUUUAAAAAAGAAACGAGGUGAAACGGAUAACUGGUCAUAUGGUAAAUCAUAUUAUCAACAAGGUAGAUCUUGGAAUCAGCACCCUGGACCUCCAGGUCAAAAUUAUAGGAACACCACUUAUUGGAGGUAUAUGGAUACUUACCAAACUUACCAAGGCUAUGUUCAGAAUCCCAAGGUGGAACCAGGAACUAUUUCACAAACUCCAAAACUACAGCCUGUUCUGCCUCCUGGAACACCACCUGAAAAGAGCAAGCGUGGAAGGAAAAGGUCUUCUUUUACUAUGGCUAAAUCUAUGUCAGCUAUGCCUGUGGAUUCCCAACUAUCGCAGUAUACUUACACUUUCCAUGUGCCAACCCCGAUCUACAAACGGCUUAAACUUCUCCAAAAAUCAAUGAUUCCUGAAGAGAAUGCUGUUUGCAUUGUUCGCAUGCACCCAAUGGACGCUCGCCGCUAUAGUUUGCUUAAAAUUGGUCGAGAGCUGGUAAAGAUUCCAAAGCUGGAGGAACGAGAUAUCAAAAGAAUUCAGAAGGAAAUUAAAGAGACAGGUUAUUAUCCUGGAGCGUGUUCACGUUUUGGUUAUAUGGUUCCAUCUGAUCAGCCAAGUAUAUCGACUAAAAUUGGUUUAUUGCCAGGUUUGUUGAAUGAGCCAAAACCAGUUUCUUCUUAUGAACCUGGUAUUAAGUAUGUUACAGUGGAUAGGAAAUUGCUUCCUAUGAGUGCUAAAGGAAUGGGUAAAAAUGCUCCAUCGGGAUUUCAAUUAGAAUAUGAACGAAUGUUAUCCCAGAAUCCUCGAAACCGUGCAAGGUCUAAUGUCAAGAUUAAAUUGACUAAAGCAAAAGAAAAACGUCGGCGAAAGAAAGUACGUGUGACUAACAGGAGAAAGGGCUCUUGUGAUUUGCUGUCCGACUCUUCGUUAUACACAGACUGCUCCCUUGUUUCUCAGUUACCUUACAACAAGAAUUUACCCAGCACCAAUCCUCAUAACCAGUAUUUACUCCCAUCCUCUGCAUCAGAAAUAACAAGUCAUAGCAAGACUCCUGUGUUAAUAGAAACUCUGCAUUCGCCGCCUAUAGCCAAUAUCCAGUCUUCCAAUGCAACUGAAAACACGUUACCGCCUGUGAAAACCACGCAUGUUAGGCGUUCAACUCGCCCUUUUCCCAAACACAAUGUUGUGCCACCCCUCCCAGGAGCAAGACCUCGCAUCAUCACUGACAACAAGUACCGUAGUAGUAACAAUAAUAAUUUUAAUACACAAAAUAGCCAGCUCCCUACCUCACAUGCAACAAAUAUCACUCCUCCAGUUAAACUGUGUCCAGGUCAAUGCCCUGAGCAACCCACUAAUCUUACUAUGAGUCUCCCUCAACAAACUGCUGAUACUACUUUUGACGCUCACCCCAAAAUCGAUAACAUAACAGAACCUGAAGUCGGGCCAAAUUCCUCCAACAAUUCUUCACCUAGUCCAUUGAGUUCCUGUAAAGAUAAUCAGUCUCCUUUUCCAACUAACAUUGGUUCACCUCAUGACCCCCCACCAACAUCUGGUUCAUCCCUGUGGCAACCCAGUAAUACACCAACUGGACAAAGUUUCACCGUUAACUCUUCUAUUCAAUCCUCUUCAAACAGCCAAGAUUCCCAGCAGGUGCGCAAGCGAAAACUGGGUUCUGAUAAUGGAAGCCAAGAUGGUUCAAAACGCACCAUGAACUUUUCCACAAUGGAUUUCACAGAUAUCUAUGAUCCUCACUUAGAGGGCUAUGAUGAUGAUGAUGUUGACGCAGAUGACGAUGACGAUGGUGACGAUGACGACGACGACGAUGACAGCCACGAUAACUUUGAUCAUAAAGCCUCUUCCGGAAAUGUUUGUUGUCUUGUUGUCAACAAAAGAGCACACCAGAGGUCUCUAGUGGUGAAGUUGGAGAAGUUAAAGCUGCCAAGUAAAACGGUGAAGGCCAGUGAAUUUCUUGCUACACGUGAUGGCAUUCCACAUCGUAGUUGUGUUGGUAACAAAAUACCUGGCCGUAUUGAGAAUAUUGGAUGGGAAAGAAUUAAACUAGCUGAUAAAAAUAAGUAUCGUGGUGGAGUACCUCUAAUGAGUUAUUCAAGUCCAAUAAGUGAUGAUAAUGGACGUCUUUCCCUGUUCACUCAGCAUUCUGGUAGCAUGUUCUAUGACCGACCAGCUAGUGACUAUUUUCAAGAUGAAUAUUUGGGAGUGGCUAUUGCAGGAACUCUUGAUGAGCCCAAUGAUACUGGUUUGCUUAUGUCACUUGACGACGAUGGCUACUCCCAAAUGAUAAAUACAGAUUCUAGUUCAGGGGAAGAUGCAACCAUAAGCUACGAAGAAGAAUUCGAAAUAAAGUCCCGAGGCAAGAACAAACGUAAAAGAAACCUCACUCCUAACCAACGUCUAGGUGUUGCUUUCUUGACUACGAGGCAUCGCAGAAAACGUGCAGUUGCAAUAAACCAUGGAAAACUGAUGAACAGUUUGUCUUUGUUGCAUCAAGCAACAUUGGCUAAAUUAUCAACGCUCUCCACAUACACAGAUUCUUCUGAUGAUUUUAAGAAAACCUACAAUGAUGUUAUGUCAAAGUUAGCAUUAUUUUCUCCUCCUGUUUCUGAAAAAGGUGAUACCUCUCCGCCCCAGCCACUAUCCCCUGAAGAAAAUGCACCUCUGCCAGUAGUUGACGGGAAUCCUGACGACGUCUCGCUUGACUCGACCGAUGGCGUUUUGUCUCAGCCUAACUUCCUGUCUCAAACUUCCUUAGAUUCGAUCUACGAGACCCCUUUGUCUAGUGUAGAGACACAGCGCUCCUGUGAAUCAGCCAAAUCCCCUAGUCUUACAUCGUUGGGUGGAUCUGAAACAGAGCCAACCAGUGAUAUAAUAGUACCAGUUGUGAAGCAAGAUGAAGCUGCAGAAAACAAGUCUCCGCCCAUUCCAACAUUGUUGUCUUGGAAAAAUGACGCUCCUACCGAUAAAUCACCCUAUGCUGUAAAGACGGCUGUUGUGAAGCUCAUUCCACGUGCAAGAUCUGGUAGUAAAUCUAAAGUUGAUUGCAAACCUGAGUAUAAUGAUUUGGAAGCUACUUUUUCUCUUAACCCCGCUACUCGAAAUUUCUCCCUCGUUAAUUCCAACCAACAAAAAGAAUCGAGUGAACUUGAAGGUUUCCCUAAUGUACAGUUUCGUAUAGAAACUUCUCAAGCUAAUAGUAGGCUUGUAGGGAGCAAUCAGUCAUCAAAUUGCACUGAAGACGAAAUUAGUCGAGCUGAAGAACAAACUAAUACUUCCCCUCGUCCCUACCAGAUGGGCAAUUAUUCAUUUAAUUGCCCAGCAGAAACCAGUAGUGACAGAUUAAAUAGUUAUUCUAAUUGUGAUGCAGCUGAUAUGGAUGUAGGAUAUCUCAUGGAUAAAAUAGACAACGAAGAAACACAAAAUACUUUGAUUGAAGAGAGAGAAACAGUAUCAGAGGUUUGUCACAAAGACUCAACUGAGUCGUCAGAAGUUGAGUUUAAAAAUAUUGCGAAUAAGCUACCAGCUAGUCCUGGAAUUGAGUCAGGUGAGAAUUUAGAGGAGACAGAGAAAUCAACUGAACAUCAAGUUUUGCAGACUACACAAUUGAUCUGUGAAUUGAACAAAGAAACGGAAGAAGCUACUGCAAAGCAGACAGGUGUUACGUGUAACAGUGAAAUGGUAGAAUCUGCACAACGAAAGGAAACUGUGAAGAAAAUAUCAGAAACUGCAGAUCAGGAAAAUGGGGUUUCUAAAGCAGCUUCAGAAUCAAUUAAGAACACAACUGAGUCUCAUUUGCAUAUUGGAUCUCAAAAUACCAUUUGUGAAGAAGGUCCACUCAAUGAUGUUAGUUCGCAAAGAGAGGUGAAUGGUGGGCAGUGUAUCACCACUUCUAAGCAAGGAGAAAUCAGUAGAUCUGGCGAAGAAGUAGAACAGGGUAAGAAAGCAUUAGCAGCUGAAGAUGAUGUCUUUAACUCCGACAUAACAACAUUGGAUUUGUCCGUAAGCCAUAAAACAGGUGUUUUACAAUCAAGCAAAUCUUCUGGUAAUUCAUCAAAAGAGAAGGAGUCGGCUGACACUAGUGAACCCAACCAGACUAAUCAAGCAGCUACAAAGGAAUCUCAAAAAGUUAAUGUGGGUAGCAAUGAAAGUAUAGGCUCUGAGAGACAGGACGAUCACUUUAAAAAUGCCAGUCCUCAGCCAGUCGCUGGCAAAGAGUCUCUGGUAUUAACACCACGCGAUCGUCCACCUAGCAAAGACUUAAUCUGUCAUACAGCAACAAAAUAUGGUCUCAGUAUACCUAAGGUCACUGAACCUUUCUGUGGCAAACCUGAAGACAUCACAGAAACACCCAGGGAACAUGGGGGAAGAAACUUGAGGCUUCAGUGUAACUUGAUAAAAGACUUGACCCCUUUUGCAAGCACCUUGGACAGCGAUACACUGGACACAUGGAGGUUUGUUUUGGCAGCCAACAACAAAACAAUUCCCAUCAAUACUAACCUGAAAAGUCUUAAUGAAAUCGUUAAUGAUCCUCAAGUGUCCUGCCAUCUUCCUGGCAGUGGCCAGCGAGUCUGGGUCCCCUGUCUGCCCCCACCGUCAUACCAACAGGUCAAAAGUUCCCUCGUACCACCAUCGCCCUCUCCUACGCCACCUCCAUUAUCAUCGUCAUUGUCAUCCCAACAACCACAAUCAUCAUCAUCAUCACAACCAGCACCACCUCCAUCAUCGUUAUCACCGCAAUCAUCAUCAUCUUCAUCUCAACCACCACCAUCACCAUUUUCAUCACCCUCAUCAUCAUAUUCAUCAUCUUCAUCUCAGAACAACAAACGAGCCACUCAGCAAUUAAAAGUUAAUUUAAAAACUGGGAAAGAUAAUCUACCAAAAAAUAUUGGUUCCACAGGCAAAAGUGGUGAAGAAUGUUUCAAGAAGCUUACUGGUCGUUCUCCAAAACAUCUGUCCACUUCUCCCCUGACAGUUUCACCCAUUUCCAGUAACCUUAACAACAUGAAGAAGAACGAAACAUCUUUUGAUGAUUCGUUUUUUGGAUCAGAGAGUUUUAUGUGUGAUAAACCCGCUCAAGAAAUUGACCCAGAGGUAACAUCAUCAGCCCAACCCCAAGAUCUCCCCAAGCAAGACAUAUUAUCUGAUAGUGAAAUAUUAGAUUUGGAAGAAACCUUAGUUGAACCAAAGAGCCCAGUGUGGGCCGAAAGAUCUGACCCGUCUGUGAAAAACCUCUCUCAGGACAAAAAUCUGGCCCAGUCAAAUUCGCAAGAUGACCGUUCUAAAAGUGUUUCAGAAACAGAAAAUAUGCAAACACUUAAUGUAGCUUUACCUGAAAAUCUCCCCAGUACACGAAUUGCCCCACAGUUCCAUAGCACACCUGUUCAUCGUAUAUCAGUCUCUAGUCCUCUGGCGUGUCCGACUCCAGUUUCCAAACCUCAGUUAACCGAGUCUGCCAAUAAAAGUAGCGAUAACUUACCUGCCAAAGCAACAAAAGGCCACACUCUGAGUUCUUCCCAUAAGCUGAAGAGAAAGGCUAUCAGUAACCAAAUGAAGCAAUGGUCAUUAAACUCCACCCUUACAUCACAAAUUGAUAUUGCUACGCCAAAGAAUAGCUGUGGUUUCAAAGUCAGCCAGAUCCAACACCAAGAUACAAAAUCCUCCCAUAAGGUUCAACACAUCUGUUUGAUGAGUCUUGAAUUACUUAUGAGGACACGUGGAGACAGAUGUCCAGAUCCUCAGACAGAUGAUAUACAAGCUGCUUUCUGUGCUUUCUCGCAAGAUUCCAAACCCGGUGAUAUGGUGACAGUUGUUAUUGUUGUUGAUGGUGACCACCUGUCUUUGAGGGCUCCAAAAGGCUCAAACCGCAGUCGUACAUUACAUACUACAGCUCUACCUGAAGGGGUUGACAUCAUCCAUGUGACAGAUGAAACUGAGCUGAUGCAUAAAAUGGAAAGUCUGGUUAAAAGUUGGGAUCCUGAUAUGCUCAUCGGUUAUGAAGUCACCACCUUGUCAUGGGGUUACUUACUACAGAGGGCUGCUUUCCUUAAUAUAGAACUGGCUACCAAAAUUUCCAGAAUUCCAAAUACAAAAGCUGUUCAGUUCCGUGAGGAUUUCGACAUCCAACUGCCUGGCCGGAUAGUUCUUAAUCUUUGGAAAAUUCUACGUCACGAAGUCACCCUGAAUAUUUACACAUUUGAGAAUGCAUAUUUUCAUGUGUUGCACCAACGGACACCACACUACUCAAACAAAUCCUUGACAACCUGGUUCAAUCACCAGACAGAUUUACAUAGAUGGCGAGUAUUGAAUUACUACAUCAUCAGAUCAAAAGGAAAUAUUUCCCUUAUUGAAAGUCUGGACCUGAUCAGCAAAACCAGUGAGAUGGCCCGUGUAUUUGGCAUCGAGUUCUACCAUGUUCUGUCAAGAGGUUCUCAGUACCGAGUUGAAUCAAUGAUGUUAAGAAUUGCCAAACCUCUCAAUUUCGUGGCCGUAUCUCCAAGCGUACAUCAACGGAGUAAGAUGCAAGCACCUGAGUGUAUUCCACUUAAUCUUGAACCACUUUCCAAUUUCUACAGUGAUCCUGUAGCAGUUUUAGAUUUUCAAUCUCUCUACCCUUCCAUCAUGAUUGCUUAUAAUUACUGUUUCUCAACUUGUCUUGGCCGACUUGAUCAUUUGGCUACAGCUCAUGAAGGUCCCAUUAAAUUUGGUUGUACUCAUUUAAAUAUUCCGCCAGAUGUAAUCAAGAAACUGGAAAAAGAUGUGACAAUUUCUCCUAAUGGCAUCGUAUUUGUUAAAGAACACAUUCGCAAAGGAAUAAUUUCAAGCAUGGUAGAAGAAAUUUUGAAUACUCGUUUGAUGGUCAAAAAAUCAAUGAAGAAUUGUGAUGACAAAAAUCUGCUGAAAUUGUUGCAUGCCCGACAGCUGGGGCUAAAGCUGAUUGCCAAUGUUACCUAUGGUUAUACAGGGGCCAAUUUCUCUGGAAGAAUGCCCUGUAUUGAGGUGGCAGACAGCAUUGUACGAAAGGCUCGAGAGACACUGGAAAGAGCAAUAAAACUGAUUGAAGAUACACCUGGUUGGGGAGCAAAGGUGAUAUAUGGAGAUACAGACAGUAUCUUUAUCCAGUUGAAAGGUUACAGUAAAGAAGGUGCCAUCGUACUGGGCCAACACAUUGCACAAGUUGUAACAGAGACCAAUCCUAAACCUGUUAAAUUGAAAUUCGAGAAGGUGUAUCUACCAUGUGUACUGCAAACUAAAAAGCGGUACUCAGGGUUUAUGUACGAGUCUGUUAACCAGAAGGAACCAGUGUUUGAUGCCAAAGGAAUUGAGACCGUGAGGCGAGAUGGAUGUCCUGCUACUGCCAAGAUUUUGGAACGCUCUCUCAAGAUUUUAUUCAGCACACGUGAUGUGUCUCGAGUGAAAAACUAUGUACAGACACAAUGUCGCAAAAUGCUGGAAGGCAAAGUCAAUCUACAGGAUUUUGUGUUUGCUAAAGAAUAUCGUGGUAUGAACACUUAUCGUCCUGGCGCCUGUGUUCCAGCCUUGGAAAUUGCAAAGAAACUGAUCCAACAUGAUCGUCGAGCAGAACCCCAAUCUGGAGAACGAGUUCCCUAUAUAAUUGUGUGUGGAGAACCCGGCUUACCCUUGAUUCAACUUGUUCGUCAACCAUUGGAAGUACUUGGUGAUUCCAGCUUACGUUUAAAUACCAACUACUACAUCACUAAGGCAAUUUUACCACCUUUGCAACGAAUCUUCUCUCUGCUUGGAAUCAAUGUUUUUAACUGGUAUUCCGAUUUACCCAGAGUAGUCAGAUAUACCCACCAUUCUGUACCUGAAGAAAAGAAAAAGGGAACCAUCUCUCAGUAUUUCAAUUCAAGCAAUUGUCCUGUCUGCCACAGUCAAACCAAACAGAACUUAUGUCCUCAGUGUGCCGCCGACCCACAAUUAGUUGCUGUCUCCCUGAACUCUCAACUUCACAAAUUACAGCAGACACAUCACCGUCUCUCUCAAAUAUGCCAGUCUUGUCAAGGACUCUCAGAUUCUACAUUCUCCUGCAUCUCCCUCGAUUGUCCCAUCAUGUAUCGAGUCCACUCUGCCCAAAACAACCUCCACAAACUCGACAACAUUCAAGAAAUAUUGAACAACCUAUAGCACAUUCUAUUUCACUGCUAGUUUUAUUUUACAUUGCAAUGUCCAUCUAAUAACCACAUCAGAUCCACAACAAACUGAACAAAACAUUAACUCAUUUCAGUGAAUUCUUGUUAUUUAGCUUUUGCUUGUUCCCUGUUCAUAACUUUAUUAUAAACUACACCAUUUAUGUGUUUACAACAUAUCUUUUUGUUUAUCAUCAUCAGCCAUUCGAUAUAUAUAUAUAUAUAUAAAUAUAUAUAAUAGAAUAUUUUUAAUAUGUUUUCUAUAGCUGUUGAAGCAAUUCGCAAUCUUAAAUCUUCCAAUAAAUGUUUAUACACUUUUUAAAAUUUACUUCAGUCAACAGUCUAUAUGUUCAAAUAUCUCUUUCAGAUAGUAUGUAUCUAUGUGUGUAUAUCU